AUGGAGAUGUUCUAUGUCUUCCUUCUUCUGGCAGUGGGAUUAGCAGUGACUUCUGCCGAGAACCCAAAAGCAUCAUUGAUGUAUCCUUAUGGGACAGACCAAGGUGACACGAAGAACUCCAAGUCAGAUGAUGGGACGUCUCAAAAAAUCAUUACUUCAGUGCCCUUUACCUUCUAUGGCAAGAAAUACAAUGCCCUCUAUGUAAACAACAACGGUGUGGUCUCCUUUGGUGUGAAUGUCUCACAGUUUACACCUGAUCCUUUCCCCCUGGAAGGCGGAUCUCCCUUUGUUGCUCCGUAUUGGGGAGAUGUUGACAAUCGUAAAGGCGGAGACAUUCUAUGGAGACAAACCCAGGAGCCAGCAUUGCUUAGUCGCUGCACUGCAGACAUCAAUCUUUAUUUCCCUGAUAUCCCUUUCACAACUACUUGGGCCCUUGUUGCGACUUGGGACCGCGUGGCCUAUUUCGGAACAGCUUCACAGAAGGUCAAUACCUUCCAGGCUGUCUUGAUUUGCAAUGGAGAACUAUCCUUCAUCAUGCUGAACUAUGCUGACAUUCAGUGGACCACAGGGGUUGCAAGCGGAGGGAAGCCGAAGACGGGUCUUGGAGGAACGCCAGCACAGGCUGGAUUUGACAGCGGAGACAAAAUCAAUUAUUACAACAUCCCAGGUUCCCGCACCCCUGACAUCCUCAACAUUGCAGUAACAACCAAUGUGAGAACUCCAGGGCGCUGGGUGUUCCAAGUGGACGAAUAUGUGAUUGGAGUCUCCACGGAGAAAAUAAACUGCUUGGAGUAAGCACCAGGUCUUCUCUUCUCACUCCUCACUGCUUUGUGAAAGGUGACAUCCUUUGACUCAAGGUUGUCCAGUUUGUAUCCCGGCAUCAAGACAGUCAGUACACAAAUCCUUACAAUGAUCUCUCUUUUAUCUCCUACAAUCAGGGAGGUUUCUGGAAUGACUAUCAUUGUAGUAUAGCAAUAAACAAUUGUGCUCACA